GGUUUUUACGGUCUGCCUUACAUCAGCAAUGAUAUAUAAGACGUGAUAUUUAAGCGAUUAUCCGCCUGACGGGAAAUAGUAGAGUUCUCUUGCCAGUUAGUGAGCAGCUUCGCAUAUUAGGGGAAGGAAACGCUGAAGUACAAAUAAAGCUUUGUCUCGUGUAUUUUUGUUUAGUAACAAUUUUUCUGACAGGCUGUGCCAUUUCUGACAGAAAGCCUGGUUAUUCAUUCAUUCACCAUUUUCAAUGGCCACUGCCGGGGGAGAAAAGAAAGGAAAGGCCAGAAAGUGGGUGUUCUUUUUAAUGAUGCCUGCUGCUUAUGCAGAAUAAUUUGAUCUGACAGCUCUAUAAUCACUGGGGACAAGUUUACAAAAUCAUACAAAAGAGAGGGGAUGCCUUCCCCUUAGCGUUGGAGAUGGGACCCCGUACACACGGACGGCUGUGCCACGGAGAACAAAAAACAAUGGCCUUUCCACAAGUGUCAUUGUCACACUGAGCUGAACACAAACCCUCUACUGUAAAAUCACAGAAUGUUCUUCCCACUGGAAUACUCUAAGCAUGCCUCACAGGACCGUUGAUUGAUCUGCCCUUUUGAAGUUUUAUAUCAUUCUGGAGUCGGUGCUCUUAACCUGGAUCCUGGACUGCCGGUACCGCGUGUGAGAGAGAUGCGACAGUGGAGCCGGUCCAGGCUGGUUCUGGCUGGGCGGGACCGGGGCCUGCGGGCCCGAGUGGGCCAGGUGAAGAAAAGGCUGUGCCUGGGGAACGCCCGCCACAUGGGCCUCGGCCUGGAGCUGGACCUGGAGCCCGGGGUCUGGCUUCGGAGCUUCCAACUCCUGGACACGGAACGUCCCAGUCCGGAUCCCGUGCAGGAGUGGGGGGAGGAGGUGGAGGACGGGGUGGUGUACGGGAUAACCCUGCGGCGGGAGGCGGUUCAGGACCCCCCCGGCCCCGUCCCGGCCGCCGCCCAGCCGUCCCGGGCCUUCGUGCAGUACCGCACCUGCAGGCUGCGGCGGCUGAAGGCCGCCACCCUCAACCAGCUGAUCACUCACCUGCUGGACCCCGCCCGUCCCGAGCCCGACUUCGCCCGCAUCUUCCUGUCCACGUACCGCGCGUUCUCCGACACCCGCACGCUCAUCGAGCUCCUCUUCCAGAGGGAUGACAUGGUGUCUGAGCUGGACAACAGCGAAUGCCAAAAAAGUGCCCUGAUGCCCCUGAUCCGGACCUGGCUGGAUGAGUACAGCGAGGACUUCUGGGAGCCCCCCCAGCACCGCCCCCUGCGGCUGCUGUCGGCCCACCUGCACCACCGGCCCUGCUUUCGGCGCCUGGCCCAGCGCACCUCCGCCCUGCUGAAGAAGUUCCAGAGCGAAGAGUACAGACCUGCUGGCCUGAUUACUGCAGUACAGAAGCCAGCAGUGCCGGGGGAAGAGGAGGGGACUAGAGAGGAAGGGCCCGUGUGGGAGACCAGCGAGGAGCUGGGAGACUUUAUGCACUUCCCUGUCCGAGACAUCGCAGAGGAGCUCACGCGAUUGGAUGCGGGACUCUUUGUGAAAGUGGUCCCGUUCCAGUGUCUGGGCUGCGUGUGGUCUCAGCGGGACAAGAAGGAGAGCCGAAACCUGGCCCCCUCUGUCCGCGCCACCAUCGCCCAGUUCAACGCCGUCACCAACCGGGUCAUCACCUCGCUGCUGCUCUGCCACGCCCCGCCCGCCUCCCCCCCCGACCACCGGCGCCAGCCCACCGGCCCCGCCCGCAGGGCCCGCAUCGUCGAGAGGUGGAUCGGCGUGGCGCAGGAGUGCCGGCAGCUGAGGAACCUCUCCUCGCUCCGGGCCAUCCUCUCGGCCCUGCAGUCCAACGCCGUCUACAGGCUGAAGAAGACCUGGGCCGCCGUCAGCAGGGAGUGUGUGGCUAUCUUUGAGAACCUGUGUGAGACCUUCCCGGAUGAGAACUGCGUCCUGACCAGCAGGGAGAUCCUGGUGGAGGAUGGGAACCGGCACACUGAGGACUCGUCCACCCCCAGGCCUCCCAAUCUCUGCACCCUCCCCCGACAGAUGAAUGGCGCUGCUGGCGUUGUCCCAUACCUGGGCACCUACCUGACUGUUCUGACCAUGCUGGACACGGCACUGCCUGACACUGUUGGGGGUGGCCUCAUGAACUUUGAGAAGCGGAGAAGGGAGUUUGAGAUUCUGUCGCAGAUCCGUCAGCUCAAGCAGGCCUGCUCCCAGUACAGUCUACCCCACCACCCCAACAUCGCCCCCUGGCUGCAGGAGAACAGACUGCUCACUGACCAGGAAAGCUAUGAGCUGUCCCGGGAGCUGGAGCCCCCUGUCGACCCCUGUCCCACGUCCCUCGGCAUCUGGAACCACCUCCUGAGUUCCAAAAAACUUGCCUCAUUUUUGACUUCGAGUGAGGGAUCGGGGCGGAAGCUGCAUGCCGACCAGAUCAGCGUGUCGUCCUCCGGAUCCAGCGGAUCCGAAAUGGAGGACCUCGCCUCUCCCCAGUCCUCCCCCUUCAGACUCAAACUGAAGUCUCUCUCCAGGUCCUGUCAGGACGUGGCCGAGGCCUUCCCCGGCUCCUCGUCUUCCUCGCCCGCCCCCGCCUCCGAAACCUGCUCCUCCCCCUCCUGCUCCUCCUCGAACUCCCAGCCCGACCUUUCGUCGUCCGCCUCCCUCUGCGCCCCGAGCCCCGGGGCCUGCCCGCCCGGGCAGCACCAGCGAUCCGUGUCCAUGGUCUCGCUGCCCGUCUACAACAAGCAGGUGGACGACUCCUGCAUCGUCAGGGUCAGCGUGGAGAGCAGCAACACCGGCAACGUCUACAAGAGCAUCCUGCUGACCAGCCAGGACAAGACCGCGCAGGUGAUCCAGAGGGCCCUGGAGAAGCACAGCCUGGAGGGGGAGCGCUGCCAGGACUUCACCCUCAGCCAGGUGCUGUCCCGGGACAGAGAGCUUCGUAUUCCCGAAAAGGCCAACGUGUUCUACGCCAUGUCCACGUCCGCCAACUACGACUUCAUCUUGCGCCAGAAAUGGAGAGGCAACUGCAGACCCCUGGGAUCUUCCUCCAGCUUAGGGUCUCUGACAGGAAUGCGCCACGCCACCUCUGGUCUGGAGGAUUUACUGCACCCGAAAAGAGGAAAAUGACUCAAUUGUUCAAACUGAAUUUGGCACGCAAGACAUUGGAAUGGCGUCUCUUUUGAAAUGUAGCUUGUGUUAUAUUCAAAUGAAUAUACACGUGACCAUAGUCAAAACAGCCAGAGGGCCUCAGUGGCCUUUUUAAUUUCACAAUGAAGCUGCUGACUACGAACUAUUCAUGGGUCUACAUGGGACUACCUACAUUUAUGCUACCCUGGACUUAACUGUUUUUUUUUUUUUCAUUUUGAAUGAAUUUAAGAUAUGGAAGGAAAGCUAAGAAGCACUUUAUGAAGAGUCCGAGUAAGUAGACGCAAGAUUCAGAAUACCUGUGAAGAUGUGAAAUGCUGGGAUGUCAGCUGGAGACUUCAGAAUGGAACUGUGGUCUGGGUGACGCCAGUCAUUUAUGUGGAAGCCUUUUUUUUUUUUGGCUUUCUAGUCUGAACUCUAGUCUUACGUGUUGAACAGUUUGUGCUAAAAGGACACGUUGGCUCAGACGACAAAGUCCACCCGGACCACAAAUAAGCAAGUUGUAGCACAUGAACAUAUUGCUCGCUUUAUCACUCCACUGUAGUUGUUCAAGUAAUUGUGCAUGCAGUGUCUGGCUCUGAAAGCCCUCUCCUCCAACCUGUUAUCUGAAUAAGCAGCAGAAAGUGUAAAUGGCCCAAAAAUACAUGCCUCUGCCGUUGAACCCGAAGCUGACGGUGGCAGGAAGGAGAACCUCAGAACGUGAGAAUUUUAGAAACCGGGUUUCUUCUCCAUUCCUGGAUUUUUCAGUAAUGAGAGAGCGGAGGUGCAAACGGCAGACAGGUGGUCCCCGGGAUGGAUACUGCAUUAGUGUCGCCUGUGCCACAGAAGCUUCUGAACUGGAGGGAACGAACAGAGGGGGAAAGCGGCCAGAAACGGUGCCCGUUGGGACCCCAGGUGUGGGCAUGGCGACGCGCGUGCGCGCGACUGGAGAAAGCAUGCCACCUGUCCGGCUGAGUAACAUUCCGCAGAUGCCAGGAGAGUGCUGCGUUAUGUAACGCAAGCGCUGCUGUGCGUGCCAACGACGAGAACGUCGCGAGCAGUGAGAACGGCUGCAGGCCUGGGUCAGAGGAGACAGUGUUAGUGGUUUUUUGAAGGAUUUUGAAGUUUACCUUUUUAGUGGUCUGUUCUGUGACACGGCGUGCCCCAUUGUUUCAGUGACUGACACCGAGCUGAAUGAAGGGAGGUUUGUAGAUUAAGAUAAAGAUCUCUGAAUGCCUUGUGACCCAUAGCAAUGCUCAUGGGCAAACUGUGUAUGUGUGUGUGUGUGUGUGUGUGUGUGAGAGAAUGUGUGUGUGUGUGUGUGUGUGUGUGUGUGGGGAGGGUGAAGGGGUCCAUUUGAAUUUCAAGGAUAUAGACUCUAUGUGAACAAGAAGUUAACAUUUACAUUUUUGUCUUUUGUGUAUUUAAUGGAUCUGCAGUUUUCUUUUGUCUUUUAUACGUUUGUUUGACAGAAAUACUUUCUGUGGAAGUGCAGAGUGUUUCUCUGCUUCCCCCCUUGUGGCCAUUUAUUGCUUUCUGAGGUAUGGGUAGGUGUGUGAAGAAGCAAUUUUUUUUUUUAAAGAAUUAUAGAACAAAUUCUUUUAAAAGGGAAUUAGAACCAAUCCAGUUCAUGUUUCUGGAGAAAAGCCACAGAACUUCAUGGCGUGCCAGUGUUGGAGUGUGUUUGCGAAUGCGGAAGUUUGGGAUUAGUUGGAGAUUUGGACAGUGAUAUGUCAUUGAUCGUGGGACUUCUAUCAGAUGGACCGACUGUGGAAUUACUGUGAAGCAGAAGCUAUUUCCCAGUGGGUCCUGUGAAAAUAGCACCUUCUCCAGCCAAGAACUGCGUUGUGAAUUGGAUGAAAGUUUCUCAGAAAAAUAGAAAUUGCACGAUAUGUGUUAUGUGUUAGAGUCUUCUUGCACACUGUCUUUUUUAUGUAACUGUCUGUUUUAUCUUUAGAUGUUUGAGCACUUUUAACAUGCUGUAUUUAUGGAAAAUUAUUAAUAAAAAUGUAUCAGUGCACUGUU